AUGGAGACGGAGAGUCUGUCCGAUCUGUUCCGUCGCCUAGAUGCGCGGAAUCGCGAGAAUGUGGCACUCGCCGGCCUGGGGAUCCGUACAUCGGCAGAUAUCUUCGAGGCUAUACAGAGCCAGUAUGAGCACUCUAGGAGCCAAAGAAAUGCGGCAUAUGGAGGGUCGGUUGUUAGUCCGGCACUGGUAGAUCUGGGCAUUCGGACGUCAGCCGACAUUCUAGAGGCGUUGAACGGGGAGAACGGCCAGAAAAGUGGUGAUAUGAGUUCUCGCCGACGCCAUCGUCUUCAUCGGAAACCGGGGAUCAUGUCAUCAGGCCAGGGCCAAGUCGUUGACAGCGCGGAAGGUACGGUAGAGAAUGGGCCUCAAGAAGAACCAAGGCAUCGGAGUGAACUGAAGAGGUCCGGCCCUCGUAGCGACGACGGGCAGCUACCACACAAACGUCCCAGAACUGUGGAGCGCCAGGAGAGGAGCGAGAGUGAGCAGGUACAAGACCUCGCCAACGUGCUGGGUGUGUUGGAGGAAGACUUUGCAGAAAAGGAGCGGCUAUCUGACGACCAGACAUGGUGUACGCCUGUGAGCCACGAGAGAAAGGCGAAGACGGUCGAGGAGUUCUACAAAGCGUUCCACGACAUGAGAACGCUGCCGGUCCUCACCUGUAUGUUCUGUUAUCGUAAGCAUAGCAGAGCUGAGUUGCAGUAUGUUGACUGGGACUGGUGGGUGGCAAAUGCCAUCGAAAAGCGCGACGGCUCACCUUUCAAGUGCGUUCAGUGCUUCCCUGUAGGACAGAAGAUUCUCGGGUGCGCAGACUGCGUGGGAUACCUGGGGAGAGUUGCGUUAUCGGCAGCAGCGCGGCUGCACGCGCAGUUGGGAUGCGAGCACAUGUUUCCUGACGAGCUGAAGGAUCUCACGCUGGUCGAGGAGAAGCUGAUUGCGCUGAACUCGUGCUACGGCUUUAUCACCAAGCACAGCGUCUCAGAUGGACACAGACAAGGCGCGACCUACCCGAGACAUGUGAAGGGACAUAUCACGGUAUUCCCAAACAACGUGCAGGAGCUAGCAACGAAUGUCCUCCCACAUCCGCUCUUGAAGGUCAUGGAUGAUGUCCAUAUAUCAUGGCAGGGGCAGGAGAAACCAGCGCCGAGUGACCUGUCAACGUUACUAUCGGUGCGACGUAACGCCGUCGAGAAGGCAUUGCUGUGGCUCAAAAGGCACAAUCCGUUGUAUGCCGACAUCGAAAUUGACGAGGCGGAAUUGGAUAGUUGGGAUGCGCCGUCACACGGAGUGCCUUCCCAAGUUUUUGAUCGACUGGAACGGAAUGAGCCUUCGGCAAGGGAGAAGAUGCAGACGGCGCACAUUGUCCCACCCACAGAGCGCGAUAUCGACGAUCAUGAACCGGUAGAUAUCCAAGAGAUCAUGGCAUCGUUAGCCGAGGGCCUAAGCACAUCAGGAGAACCAGAAGUUGAUGGCUUCGCCUCUGGUGAGGAUGGUGACGAUUGGGUCGGUAAUAACAGAGAUCGAGUGGACGAAACCGAAUCAUCCGGCAUGUUCAACUUGGACGGGCGCCCAGACAUCCCAGAUGCGGAGAAGCUACGGUAUCUCGUCAAGUCCAUGGGUGAGGUGGGGCCCGGGGAGCAUACACACGGAAGUACCUGGAAAGGGUCAGCCAAGGUGAGGCACGGGGGCGCCGUCGAGCCUUACAUCGUAGUUUCCCGUGGUGAAGUCUUUGCAGAUUCCUUUGACACCAGGUUUCUAGCCAAAACAUUUCCCAGCUUGUUCCCGCUGGGAAAAGGCGGUCCCCGGCAGGCCGAAGAGCACUCCAAGGAUGCGACAGGGCAAGUACAUCCUAUUUUCGAGCUGGAAACCGCUGCGCAACACCUCGUAUCGUCCCGGAACAUGAGCUUGGAGGCUUGGGUGAAAAUGGUGAUCCAGCGACACGGCGGCCGCUUUGCAACGCAUCCUGUCUUUCCCUUUCUCGUUUUCAAUAUAGGGGUGCGGUCUAGAAACCGCCGCGUGAGCAUGGCAAGCAUGCGGAGGAGUGAUUUCCCGGACGUAGAACGUACCAUCCAAGACUUGACCGCGUCAAGGCUUGAGAAGGCGAGGGGAGAGCUAGAAGCUUGCGGUAAGACUGCCGAUCCAGACGUCAACCGGCUGCUGAGGAACCUGUCACUUUACGGCUACCGUCAGCCGAUGUCAAGGGAGAGCCGGCUGACGAUGCGGCGGAAGAUCAAGUCCCUCAUAAUUCGGUACGGCAUCCCCGCCAUCUGGUUCACGCUCAACCCAAACGAUAUCACGAACCCGAUAAAGCUCAAGCUGGCUGCAUACCGUACCCGCGAGACAGGCGGAGCCGAGGAAUAUCUAAAAAGUCUUGAUCAGGCGUACAAGAGGGCUCGACUCGCGAUAUCGGAUCCCCUCAGCUCGGCAAUCUUCUUCCAGUACUACGUGAUGGUUGGGAAGGAUUCGGUAUUCGGGCGGGUCAGCCAGUACUAUGGGGCAGUAGAGACCAAUGAAAGGGGCGCGCUCCACCUCCACGGCCUCCUCUGGCUGCAGGGUAAUAUGUAUCUGAGUUCCCUUCUCAGCGACGUUCAAGGAGAGGAGCAAGCGGCAUAUCGGCAGCGAGUGACCGAGUAUGUUGACAGUGUCUUUACGGAGGAUCUCGAUGAGGAGUCUUUCGCGAGAGUACGGGCUAUUGCGGCUUCGACGCAGCCACAGCCUGGUGAACCGAUGGAACAAGGUAAUGACAGUGGGGCUGCGACACAACCACGAUAUAUCCUUCAUUGUGACAAAAUAAUCUUCACGGAACGGGCGUUGUCGCAGGUCGAGGUGUUGGCCCAUUUUCAGGGAUACGAGACAGAACUUACAAACAGCACCGCCUGGACGUUUCUGAACGUCUGCACUCUCUACUGGCACAUCUUCCGGCGAUGGCCCCUCCUGCGCCGUGCGGCCGGCGAGGGCGAGCUGGACGAGUCGAUCGGGGAGACGGUGCUGCUGGGAAAAGCCAGACAGAGGAUCUCGCUGUUGCAAGCUUACCCGUACCGCGGUCAGCGACUGGAAGGGUUAGCUUUUUACGACUAUAUGUCGGUCGUCAAAUUGAAGCGGAAGGGGGGAUGCGUCCGCUCGGGUGAAGUGGAACUAGACAGGGCCUGGCCGUUGUCGGCAUCGUGGAUCCAGAUACUGCGGCAUCCAAACCAGCUUGCGGCGGUCUGCUUAGAUGGCUAUUUAGGCAUGGAUUUUACGGAGGAGGAUGAUUCCUACUACAGGAGAGCGCUGACAAUUGUCAUGACCGGUUUUAGAGCAGCGGUACAACACCUUGGCCUCUUCAUUCCUUGGCAUGCUUUCCUGUGCGAGUCAUCUGGCGAGAUAAACAGGAUUUGGGAGACACAGAAGACAUGCCUCUCCAAGCGCAUGACGUGGCUAGCGGACAACAUCCAGUUGCUGCGGCGAUCGGCCGAGGACGUGGCGCGGGAUGCCAGGCAGUGGGCGGCAUUGUCCGGCGAAGGAGAUCCCACUGCCGACGCAGUCGGAUCAGGCAGUACGGAAGGGCACGACGCACAGGGCGUAGAGCACCGGCCUGGUGGUGUCGGUUUGGCGACCCGCCUGAUAGACGUGCUAAGGAAUGCGAUGACGAGAAAAGAGAUCACAGCCGGCUCAAAAGAGAUCUCUUGUAUGGUUGAGCAAAUGUACCGCUUCCAAGCGACUGCCCUCAACUCCACCGACGACCUUCGCGCUACGGUCAUCCCUGAUCAUGGUGCGCACAUCCUAGGAGGUUCAAUCUCGUGGGCAGAGAUCCCCCGGCAGGAGCAGCUGAGAUCCAUCAAGUCGCAGCAAAACGGUCUCUCCCGCGAACGGGAGAAGAUGAUCCAGGGACUGCAGAAUCAGUUGGGCGGCACAGCAGCCGCUGACGGAGUCGCGGCGCACAGCGGAUCCGACAGGCCUGGCCAGCAAGACGAUCCUACCACGCAUGCCGAUCAAAGGGGCCCAUCGACGGGCGUUAUGUUCGGCUCAUCCACAUCCUUUUGCGAGACCGGAAGGCAAGUGGCCGAGUCCUUCACACUCAACCAAAGACAAAGCAUAGCGUUGCAGUUGAUAUGUCGCCAACUUGACCGAAUGCGGCGCGACGACAACGAACCCCCCCAACUCUGCCAAUUCAUUGGAGGCGAGGGAGGCACCGGCAAGUCUCGCGUUAUCGCUGCCAUCGCGGAAUUGUUCGUUCGUACGGGGCAAUCCCAUCGCCUGCUAUUGACGGCGACGUCCGGCACAGCGGCCGCGAACAUCAAUGAAAUCACCAUCCAUUCCGCUUGCAGAUUCUCUAAAGACACAGUCGCGAGAGUAGGCCGCGCCGGUGACCCAGACGGCUUCGCAUCGUCUGGCUCGGCAGCUCUCCGCAUCGACGGGCAGACCAAGAUGGACUGGCAGGAGAAACAGGUCUUGGUCAUAGACGAAGUCAGCAUGCUGGGCGCUCGGACGCUGCACGGCGCCAACGAACAGCUCUGCAGAUUGAGAGAGUCUGCUCGAGACUUCGGUGGGAUUCCGAUAGUCAUCUUUUGCGGAGACUUCCAUCAGUUCCGUCCCGUGCAGGAGCGAUCGAUCCUCCUCCCCAGCGCCUCCACUACCUGGGAAGGAGAUAAUGGCUUCGGCAUAGAACAGAGGCGGCAGCAUGACACGGCUCACGCCCUGUGGAGGAAGUUCACCACAGUGGUGCUUCUAGAUGAGCAAGUCCGUGCCGCGCAAGAUCCGCGACUACGUGGGCUCCUGACACGCAUUCGGAAAGGGGUACAAGACCAGUCGGACGUAGAGUACCUAAACAGCCACUGUUAUCAAGAAGGCAGACGGAUCCCGUGGGAGUCAGGCAUCACAGUGGUGACACCGCUCAAUAGAAACCGCUGGAACCUGAACAUCGAAGCAACGCUUGCCUUUCGCAAGCAAUGGCAGCGGCAGGUUCGGAUAUUCGUCUCCGAGCAUAGAUGGAAGGGCAAUGAGCCGACGGAGGAAGAAGCCAUCAUGAUGUUGGGUCAGGGCGACGACAGCACCAUCCCCGUGCCGGCCGUCUUCAUGUUCGUCCCGGGCAUGCCCGUCGUCGUCAACCAUAACACGCACCAGGGCCUCAAGCUCGUCAACGGGGCCAGCUAUACGGCUUUGGAAGUCAUCGUCGACAAGACAUUUCCCGGAUACCGGGUCUCGGCCAAUACGAUACUCCACUUUGGGCCCCCGGCGGGGAUCCUGCUCACGGCGGAAACGACUAGGGACUUCCACUUCGUCGGCAUGCCGCCCGGGACAAUACUGCUGACGCCGAUGAGCAUAAAGAUAGAAUGCCAGCGGAAACGUCCAUGGCAGCGGCAUGACGUCACCCGGAAAGGCCUGCCGUGCACUCCAGCGUUUGCAUGCACCGACUACAAAGUCCAAGGGAGAACGCUGAGGCGGGUGGCGUUGGAACUGCGCGGAACCAGGACGACGAAUAUCGAUGGUAAGAUGGUGCCAAGCCAGUGCGACCCAUACAGUCUAUACGUGCAGCUGUCGCGCUGCCCGUCGCUCGACGGCGUCAUGCUAGUAUCGAAGGCACGUGAGACGGACCUCGUCGGGAAUAAAAUCCCUGCUGACAUGGCAGCUGCGGAGGCUCGGCUCGAACUGCUAAGCCGGGUGACUGUAGAGAAAGCCCAGAGCUGGCUGGAUGGGUAG